GUCACUACCUGCAUGUGAGCAGCUAGUUACACUGGGUGGCUGUUCCUCCGACAGGGGAUUUCAGACAGAAACGUGUCUUAGCCAGCACAGCUGCCACUGGGUUCUACCGCGAGUUGCUUUGGCAAAGUUUAAGAAAACAACCUAUUUAGGUUGCUGUCUAACCGUUCCAUUUGCCAAAUGAGGUGGUGAUGUUGAAAAUAGUAGAAAAUUUCAAGAACGGGCGAAAAAAGCGAGGCUUCCUUUGGAUCACUGAAGGAAAAGCCGUUAGCACAUAGGCCAGCUGACACCCACAGAGAUCCAGACAUCUCUCUUGUUUCCAUUUCCUGGCAGCAGCAAGUAAAUUCUGACUGACCAGUUCAGCUGUGACAGGAGACCCAUUAGGUUGCGGUUUCUGUCAAGUUCCUGAUUUUCAUCUGUUCUUCAAGUUAGCAAGCACUGCGUGUAACAGCCUUUAUCUGGAGUGUAUAUUGAGACGUAUUCUGAAAUUAAUGCUGUUUGAUCACAGACCAUGGGCUGCAAGCAGGAUCAUUAGUGAACAAACACCUUGGCCACUUCAAGAUGACAAGCACACACUGGUCUAAACUGCUUCACUGAAAGGAAACCUAAUAUACCAGCGCCCCUACCCUGCCUAAGAAAAUUUUAAGGGGCUUACUGUAGCAGAAGAAAGAAAGAAACAGAGAGACGGGUGUUGAGACGGCACAGAAGUAGGAGCAUACAUACAAAAGGAUUAAAACCCACCCCAACCAAAGGCGGCAACAUUUUCUAAAGGAAGUGACAUCCAAGCCUAUCCGCAAAGAUGAAGAGAAGUUAAUGAGCCACAAAGGUAGCAAAAGGCUUUCCAUACAAAUGAAAGUUUGUGCAAAGGUCCAAGGCCUCCCUGCAGAAGUUACAGAAUGAUCAACUCCACCACCACACAACCUCCGAACGAGGCCUGCUCCCGGAACGCCCUCAUAACUCAGAGGAUCAUUCCCGUGCUCUACUUGGUCGUCUUUGUUGUGGGGAUCCUGCUCAAUGGUGUAUCUGCGUGGAUAUUCUUUUAUGUGCCCAGCUCCAAGAGUUUCAUUGUCUAUCUCAAGAACAUUGUUGUCGCUGACUUUCUGAUGAGCCUGACUUUUCCUUUCAAGAUUCUUGGGGAUUCAGGCCUGGGACCCUGGCAGAUAAACAUGUUUGUGUGCAGGGUCUCAGCCGUGCUCUUCUACGUCAACAUGUACGUCAGCAUCGUGUUCUUUGGACUCAUCAGCUUUGACAGGUAUUAUAAAAUUGUAAAGCCUCUUUCCACUUCCUUCAUCCAUUCAGUAAACUACAGCAAACUUCUGUCAGUGACGAUGUGGGUGCUCCUGCUCCUUCUGGCUGUCCCCAACAUUAUCCUGACCAACCAGAAAGUGAAGAAUGGGCAGGCUCCGCAUAUAAAGUGUGUGGAACUUAAAAAUGAACUGGGGCGAAAGUGGCACAAGGCAUCAAACUACAUCUUUGUGGGCAUCUUCUGGAUUGUGUUUCUUUUGCUGAUCAUUUUCUAUACUGCUAUCACGAGGAAAAUCUUUAAGUCCCACCUGAAAUCCAGGCGGAAUUCCGUUUCGGUCAAGAAGAAAUCUAGCCGCAACAUAUUCAGCAUCAUGUUCGUAUUUUUUGUCUGUUUUGUGCCCUACCACAUUGCGAGAAUCCCCUACACACAGAGCCAGACAGAAGCUCAUUACAGCUGCCAAUCAAAAGAAAUUCUGCUCUACAUAAAAGAAUGUACUCUACUACUAUCAGCUGCAAAUGUAUGCCUAGACCCUAUUAUUUAUUUCUUCCUAUGCCAGCCAUUUAGAGACAUCUUGUGUAAGAAACUGCACAUCCCAUUAAAAGCUCAGUAUGACUCAGACACUUCUAAAACCAAAAGAGGAAAUACAAUGCAUGAAAGCAUAGACACCCUGUGAAUUCCCACCUUUCAAAAAGAAUCCAUGUACAUACUUUGCAAUCUGCAGUUACCUAAGAAGAAUAAAAAAGAAACAUGCCCAUGCUACUAAGUAUCAGCUCUAGGCAUGACUAUCCAAUUUAGUAUAAUAAUGAAUACAAAAUAGAAGUUCCCCCCUGCUUUUUUGUAAGUGCAGUAGAAAAAGUAAUACAUGCAUUGUUCAAUUUUACUCCAUCAAAACAGAAGUUUCCAAUUUAUAAUUACUCGUCUGGUCAGUUAAUGUAGGAGUUCAAUUAGCAUAAAGUAAAGGAAAUAGGAAGCAAUCAAGACAAUUCACUGGGGCAUGUUCCUUCUCUAAAUGUAAGAAUUUAACUUAUGUGGUUUUUUUCAACAGGGUUACUCAAGACCAACCUAAAAGCAGGCAGAGUUUCAUAAAGAACUAGAGGCUUGUGUGGAGUGAAAAGUCAAAUUUUCUCUGAUUUCACUUAGGAAAUCCCCUACUGAUUUAUAGCAUUUCAAAGGAAAGUUGAUAUAAAUUCUGUUCUUUGCAGUAAAAACAAAAUGUGAUACAUUUUUCUGGUAACAUUUUGAAGACAAUAGUAAGAUACAUUUUGGAUAUGUUUUCUAUAAAAACUUACUAAGCCACAUCUUGAGCCUGCAGUUCUGGUGUAAAAUAUUUUUAAGUGGACUUGACUGAAGGAAACUGGGUAUUGGUAUAUGUUGCCAGGAACUUCCCCUAUUGAAUGGUAUAGCAGAAAAAAAAACAUGACGACUGGUACAAAGACACAGACACACACAUACUAACAAACACACACAGCA